UCUACUCAGAUGUAGCAUCAAAAAGACAAGAGGAAAGUUUGCCUUUUUUGGCUCCUUCAUGGAAAGAUGCAAAGUGCUUUAAUAGGCUCCUGGCACAACAGUGGCUUCUAUGGGCACUACCGAGGUCAAGUCAAGAGUGAGAUUGCUGGAGAAUAUCGCCUUGCAGCCAAGCCCCCUCCUCCAACAGUGUUCCUGCAGAGAUGUGAGGAGCCAGUAAGACAACACUUCUUCUCCAAGCACGACAACCGCACUUCCUUCGACAAAGGCCCCUACUGCCUGCUGCAGGGAAUUGGAAGACGGAAAGACCUGGAACGCCUGUGGAAGAGACACACCUUCCUGCGCUGGGCACCCUGUGAGCUGGAAUUAAGCCAGCAGCCGCCUCUGGAAUCUUCGUACCAGACUGAUUUCCGGUCAGCCUCGGGACUCAGUAGGCUCCCGCAGCGCCUUGUCCACUUCAUGCAGGUCCAGCCUCCCUAUGUCAACACCACCUACCAGCACAACUUCUGCCGGCCAUCUCGGGGUGGCCACUGUGGUAGCGCCAAGGUAAGGCCCCAAGAGCCAGUCACUGAAACCCUGCCUGACCUCCCGGGUAUCCCGAGGCCCAAGUUGCUACAGCACUACCUUCACGCUGGAGUUUCUGAGUGUUUAAACUGGUCCCACGCAUUAAACAGGUUCAGCUGACA